CGCCUGCUCGAGAUGUUACAUGCACUUAUACUUCAGCAGCAGGUACGAGUUCUGUCACUCUCACGGUUUGGAUUGUGUUUGACAGCGCUGCGUGGGUAUUUAGCUCCGUAUGUGGAACCAAGGGUUGGACAGUUAAUCCAGUGUCACCAAAUCACGUCUGAACAUGAAACUGGAAGUUUUUUGUGGGGGUCACUACGACUCUAAGCCCGUGGAGCUGUGCAGCGACGCCGAGGGCAGUAUCCCGUCCCCGCUGUCCGCGGAGGAGGAGCUGGGCUCGGAUGGAGACUGCGUUGCGCACAGUCCGGCACCUGUUACUCCGUGCGCGGAGAGCAAAGGCAAGCCAUACACCCGGAGACCCAAGCCGCCGUACUCCUACAUCGCUCUGAUCGCCAUGGCCAUCCGCGACUCGAACUCAGGUCGACUGACCCUCGCCGAAAUCAAUGACUACCUCAUGAAAAAGUUCCCGUUUUUUCGAGGCAGCUAUACGGGAUGGAGAAACUCCGUGCGCCACAAUCUGUCUCUGAACGACUGCUUUCUGAAGGUGUUGCGGGAUCCCUCCAGACCGUGGGGCAAGGACAACUACUGGAUGCUGAACCCGCACAGCGAGUACACCUUUGCGGAUGGAGUGUUUCGGCGGAGGAGAAAGCGCAUCAACAAAAAAACCGGCAAAGAGCCAGAGGGGCCGAGCCAAGCUGCUUUAGUGGACACUACACCUCCUUCCAGUUCCAAGUUCACGAGCUCCUUCGCCAUCGACAGCAUCCUCAGUCGACCUUUUAGGAAAGAGGAACGCCCCGCUCUCAAAACUGACACCUGGCUAGGGGGAGUGGACAUGCUCCCUUAUGUCAUGCGUGGCUCCCCCGUCACUCUCCCGCACUCGCAGGUGCUUCGAUCCUAUGGAGCGCCCGAGGACCCUGCAUUGAGCUGCCGUCACCAAAGGGACCUCUUCCCGUUCCAGCUGACAUCCGAGUUCCUCUCGAUCCCUCACACUACCGCCGUGGCACCUGUGCCAGCUUUAGCGGGCUAUCACCCGUUCAAGAUUGACUAUUUGCUGUCUUAAUGGUGUGAGGGUCUGGGUUGGGGAACGUUGGCACUUUCUGUACUCAUGACUUGUCAAAGACUAUUCGCAAAGUUCAUUUCAUCAGGCUGCAUGUCGUCACCAAACUGAUUGGUUUUGGGACAUUGUCGAGAAAGUUUGAGUGGAGUGAACACACAAAGUGAACAGUAAACUAUUUAAUUGUCUGUUGUUUAUUGUCCUACUGAACGAUUGCGUUUGUUCAUGUGUGUAUUUAUAAUGUGUGUUUUUUGUGAUUGUUCUGAUGAGCUUAUGAAAGUAAAAGUAUACCUGUAUUCAUUUCAGAUUUACUUAGACAAGCUCAACCUGAGUUCUUAAAGAGAAGCUGAGGAUGUUGCAUCAAAGUCGUAAACUGGAAUUACUUCAUUUUCCUGACAGCAUGCACAUUUUAUACUGGAUAAUAAAAUCUAUUUUCAAAUGAAACACGA